AUGGCGCCAGCAGCAGCGACCCCGCACGCAAAGAAGCGGAAGGCGGCACCUACACCUCAGAAGGACGACGCCGAUUCAAAGUCCGCAGAGAAAGUAUCAGCAAAGAAACCGAAAGUAGAUAAACCCGCGACGAAAGCCGUGGCGGAUAAGCCAGUAGUACCCGUGACAAAAGCGCCGGUGGUGGAAGAGGCAUUCCCUCGCGGUGGAGCUUCUGCACUCACACCUUUGGAGUACCGUGAGGUUUCUGACCAGGCGAAACAGGAUGUUCUGUUUGAGACGCCAGAAGCAAAGCCUAAGCCAAAGUCGAAGAAGCGGAGGGCUGAAGACGGCAAGGCGGAGGAGGACUCCGCCAAAAAAGCACGGACGGAAGGGACCACUCACGCGGAAAUGCUUUCGUUCAAGCGUCUGAAUGUUGGAAUGACGCUGCUGGGUUGCAUCAAGGAGAUCAACGAUUUGGAUAUCGCCAUCUCGCUUCCCGAUCAGCUUACGGGAUAUGUAUCCAUUACGGAAAUCUCCGACUACAUCACCGCCCAGGUUGAGAAGGCAGCUGGAGACAACGAGGACAGCGAAGAGGACGAGGAGGAGGAGAGCGAGGAGAGCGUUCCGGAAUUGCGCGAGUACUUCGGUCUUGGCCAGGUCGUGUCGUGCGUGAUUACGGCGUUGGAGCAUGACGCCGACUCGGAGGGCAAGGCGGGAUCUGGCCGCAGGAGAGUGGCGCUUUCUCUGAAGCCGGAACUCGUCAACGCCAACAUCAGCAGCUCAGACCUGGUGGAGGGCCUCGUGCUUGCGUGCUCGAUUGUCAGUGAGGAAGAUCAUGGGUUUAUUCUGUCGGUAGGGAUCGAGGGUGCGUCUGGCUUCUUGUUGAAGAAGAACGCAAAGGCGUUUGUUGAGAAACAAAACGAAGGACGUCCAUUGAAGAUUGGACAGGUUUUGCACGGGAAUGUGCUGAAGGUGGAUGAGGCUCGGAAAGUCGUGUCCGUGACGCUCGACCCCGAGGUUCAGGCGAAAGCGGUGGUGCCUGCCACGCAAGUCAUUGCUUUCGACGCUUUGAAAGCCGGCGCGCUCGUGAAUGCGAAAGUGAAAGACGUGCUCGACAAUGGUAUUCUGUUGACUUUCCUCGGCGUGUUGGAAGGCACCGUCAACUUGGCCCACCUGGGUUCCUUGAUUGUGGAUCCGGAGGAAGAGCUUCCCGCCAAAUAUAAGGUGGGGCAGAGGCUCCGUGUGCGUGUGCUCUACGUGGACCCCAUUCGCAAGAAGAUCGCUGCGACAUUAUCCCCUAGCCUGCUGCACUUUGUCCGAUUCACCCCACCGGCGGUCGAGAUCGGGUCUAUUUUCGACGACUUCGUCGUACGACGUAUCGAUGCGAAACUGGGUCUCCUGGUCGAGCAGAAGGAUGCAGGGUUUGCUUUCGUGCACAUUUCCCGAUUGUCAGACACGAAGGUUGAGAAGAUGGAUAAGAACUAUAAGGUCGGCAGCAAACACCGCGGACGUGUUACCGGAAUCGAUUACUGCGAUGGCCUCCUGCACGUUAGCUUCCAGAAAUCCGUUCUGGAACAGCCUUUCCUUCGCUACGAUGAAAUCAAGCCAGGUAUGGCUGUGAAGGGUCAGGUUGCCAAGCUCCUGCCAAAUGGAGCCAUCAUCUCCCUGGCUGGUUCGAUCACCGGAUUCUGCCCGAAGCUCCAUUUCGCGGACAUUGCCUUGACGCAGCCGGAGAAGAUGUUUAAGACGGGCGUUGUUCUGAAGUUCCUGGUGUUAUCCGUCGACGCCAAGAACCGUAAGGUCACGUUGACACAUAAGAAGAGCAUUCUGAACUCGACGCUUCCGAAAGUGGCGUCCUACGAGGACGUCAAGUCUGGAGACAUUGUGCACGGUGUCAUUAUGGCUCUUAAGGACUUUGGAUGCUUGGUUAGCUUCUUCGGCGAUGUUCGUGCGUUGGCCCCUAUUUCCGAGUUGAGCGAGAAGUUUGUGGAGAAGGCUGCGGAUGUCGUUACCCUGGGACAGGUCGUCAAGUGUCGCGUGCUGAACGUUGACGCUGCGGCUGAGAAGAUGCGCGUGAGUUUCAAGCUGCUCGGCGGAGCGGAAGGACAAGCAUCUCUCGAAGCUGAGAAGGUGGGAGAGAUCGCCUCCGCCACGGUCAUUAGCGUGAUGCCGUCAGGUCUACUAGUCGAGCUGCGACCAUCGCUGGCCCGCGGUUAUCUUGCGAAAUCCCACCUCUCGGAUCAUACUGGAAAUGUGGAAAAGCUCCACAAAGGCUUCCAGGAGCGCUCGGUGCUGAAGGAGGUCGUGAUUAUCGGCAAGGACGAGAAGCGUGGCCACGCUAUCAUUUCGAUGAAGAGCCUACUCAUCGAAGAAACGAAGCGUCGCAAGGCCGCUUUUGCAUUUGACGACAUUGAGGAAGGCAUGCUUGUACCAGGAUUUGUAAAGAACAUCACUGACAAGCGAUGCUUUGUGUCCUUGGUCGGAGGCGUUGUCGUGGCGGCCAUAUCCCAUAACAUCUCUGAUCGCUACGUGACCAAGGUGGAAGACUUUCUGCAAAUCGGCCAAACGGUCGUGGCGGUCGUCACCAAGGUCGACAAAGAGGACCACAAGAUCGAGAUCAGUCUGAAGCACUCGCAAUGCUCCAAAGCCGAAAACGCUCUGCGAUACGAAACCGAACUUUUGCGCAAGCGUGCCAUCAAAGGCGCCAUCGACCCCGGUUUCAAAUCACUGGACGACUACUCCCUUGGAGCGACAGUAAAGGCCAAGAUUGCGUCGGUCAAGGACACCCAGCUGAACAUGACGCUCGGUUCCAACCUGAAAGGACGCGUCCACAUUACGCAAGUGUACGAUUGCAUUGAGGAUAUCACUGACCUGAAGCACCCGUUGCAUCACUUCAAAAUCGGGGACAUCAUCGAGUGCAAGGUCAUUGGUUUCCAUGACGCCAAGACUCACAGGACCUUGCCGUUCUCACACCGCAAGAACCCUUCGCACACGGUCGUCGAAUUGACGGUCAAGCCAUCGGAGCUUGCCUUACCCGAGGGGCGAGUCUCGACCGAGACGGAAGUUCCUCCUACCCUCGAUACCUUGCAAUCCGGCGCAAAGUAUGUCGGUUUCACCCAGAGUGUCGACGAGGAUGCUCUGUGGAUUCACAUCGGACCCAACCUUCUUGGCCGUGCGCAUUUAAUGGAUCAUCCCAACCCCGUGGCACUCAAACGUCCCCACAAGUUCUUCCCUACGGGUAGCGCCGUGCAGUGCUGGGUAGUCCGGGCGAACUCCGAACGCAAGAUUCUCGAUCUCAGCUUGAAGGUGCCUGGGCAUCACGACACGGUGGAAGUCGGAGCCAAAUUCAACGGGAAGGUGAAGAAGGUUGAGGCUGGGAAGGGCUUGCUUGUGCAGAUUUCGCCCGCGUUGACUGGCAGAGUCUACUUGACGGACAUCACGGACGAGUAUGUGAAGGAUCCACUUGAAGGGUUCCGCGUCGGCGGAAUCGUGGAAUGCGUCGUUAUUGGUUCGGACACUGUCAACAAGCGUCUCGAUCUCUCUUUACGCCACUCUCGCACCAAGCCCACCGAGGAUGCUGAAGUCCCCAACCCGGAGGUCAAGGACAUCGGUGAUGUCGUCAACGACACGGUCGUCAGCGGAUACAUCCGCAGCAUCUCCGACGGAGGCGUGUUCGUCGGUCUCAACCAUAACCUCGCCGCUCGCGUCAAGAUCUCAGAGUUGUCCGACGCCUUCAUCAAGAACUGGAAGGAGGCGUACACGGUCGGCCAAUUGGUCCGGGGACGCAUCGUCAAUGUCAACGCUGAUCAGAACCGUAUUGAGAUGUCGCUGAAACAAAGCGUUGUCGACCCCGAGGCUGCUGGCGUGCAGAUCAAGUGGAACGACAUCGAGCAGGGGCAGAAGGUCAAGGGUACCGUCAAGGCCAUCCUUGAGUUUGGAAUCUUCAUCCAGCUGGCCAACAGCGCUAUCACCGGUCUUUGCCACAAGACGGAGCUUUCUGACAGCCCCGUAACGGCUAUCGACAAGCUGUACUCCGUAGGCGACGCCGUCAAAGCGCUGGUGCUGAAGGUUGACAGAGAGGCGAAGAAGCUUUCCCUGAGUUUGAAGGCGUCUCACUUCGACGAGACGGACUAUGCCGAUGACGCGAAAGUCAUGGAGAUGGAUGAGUCUGGCAGCGACGCGGAAUCGGAUAUCGACGAGCCGACUGCGGCCUUGCUCAACUCGUUCGUAAAUCUGCCCGAUGAAAGCGAUGACGAGGACGAUGAGCAGGAGGAGCAGGAAGGCCUCGAUGUGGGUGGGUUCAACUGGGACGGCACUAGCGCGGGCGCAAACGCCGCAGGCGAGAGCGAUGAUGAAGACGGGGCCGAAGGCUCAGACGACGAGGACGAGUCCACGCAAACAGGGAAGAAGAAGACUCGCCGCGCCAAGCAGCGCGCUAAGCGCGAGGAAGAGGAGCGGAUUGCACAAAAAGAACAGUCGCUCCUCGAAGGUGACCAGCCACCGGAAGUCGCGGAGGAUUUCGAACGUCUAUUGCUCGGAUCUCCCAACAGCUCUUUCCUGUGGAUUAAGUUCAUGGCUUUCCAGCUCCAGAUGGCGGAAGUCGAGAAGGCUCGUCAAGUCGCUGAGCGCGCUUUGAAAUCGAUCAGCUUCAGAGAAGAGCAGGAGAAGAUGAACGUAUGGGUCGCACUCAUGAACUUGGAAAACUCUUAUGGCACGCAAGAAAGCCUUCUGAAGGUCUUUGAGCGGGCGGUGUCCAUGAACGAGCCCAAGGCCGUGUACAUCCAGCUGAUCAAAAUUUACGAACGGACCGAGAAGUGGGAUCAAGCUGAACAGCUCCACCAAGUCGCUACGAAGAAGUUCAACAAGAGCUCCAAAAUCUGGACCUCCUUCGGACUGUUCCAACUCAAGCGCGGGAAAGUGGAGGAGGCACGGAAGAUCUUGCAAAGGAGUUUGCAGAGUUUGGCCAAGCGCAAACACGUCAAAACCAUCUGCAAGUUUGCGCAAAUGGAGUUCAAAUAUGGCGAGCCAGAACGUGGACGCACGAUCUUUGAGGGUAUCAUGAGCAACUACCCCAAGCGCGUGGAUCUAUGGUCUGUCUACCUCGACAUGGAGAUCAGGAAUGGAGAUGUCUCGAUCACAAGACGUCUCUUCGAGCGGGUGAUCGCACUCAAGUUCUCCUCAAAGAAGAUGAAGUUCUUCUUCAAGAAGUACCUCGACUUUGAAAAGAAGAACGGGACACCGGAGACUGUCAACCACGUCAAGCAGGCGGCCGUCGCGUACGUCGAGUCCCUGCAAAACUGA